AUGACAGUCGAUGAAAAGGAGCAGGUAGUACGAAACAAUCGACUUUGUCGAAACUGUUUGCGACGAGGCCAUUUGGCGAAGGAAUGCUCAUCUGAGAGUAGCUGUCGCAAGUGCAAAGGAAGACAUCACACACAGUUGUGCUACACAACCAGAGCGGAUGGCAACAGUCAACCUCCGUCAGUUGCUCAAUCAAGCGAAACAAGCCAAAGCAAUGACCACUUAUCAUGCACACCAGCUAUGUAUACGGGCGUCACAAGUUUUACUUCUACGAAUGAAGCUAGAUCGAAGGUAUUGCUAGCAACAGCUAUUGUAAUUAUGGUCGACGAUAAUGGCACUCAGUAUCCUGUAAGAGCGUUACUGGAUUCAGGCAGCGAAUGUUGUUUUGCAACGGAACGGAUAUAUCAACGAAUGAAGGUUCAUCGAAGCAAAGUUAAUCUUCCGAUUGCAGGGAUUGGUGCAGCAUCUACCAGAGUUCACUACAAGUUCCAGAUUACUAUUAAGUCUAGAGUUUCCAGCUAUGCUACGAGAAUCGAAGCCUUUGUCCUGCCAAAGGUAACAGUAGACUUGCCGUCAAUCUCUAUCGACGCGUCUAACUGGACACUGCCAUCGGGUAUACAGCUAGCAGAUCCUUCAUUUUACCAGUCCGGUACAAUUGAUGUUGUGUUGGGAGCGGAAGUGUUUUUUGAUCUAUUCAGCGUGGAAGGCCGCAUUUCUCUGGGUGAAUCUCUUCCCCCUCUAGUAAAUUCAGUCUUCGGCUGGGUGGUAAGCGGUAAAACACACCAAAGGCGGUUCAGACCACCCUUGGCGUGCAACGAUGCUACUAUUGUCGAUAUACAACGGAACAUGGAGCGUUUCUGGGCGAUCGAGGAUGACUCAACAUCAGUCCAAACCGCAACAGAAGCAUACUGUGAGAAAUACUUUUCCGAAACUGUCACCCGCUGUGAAGAUGGCAGAUAUAUGGUACAAAUACCGUUCAAGGAAGAUGUACUGAAGAAAUUGCAGAACAAAAGACGAACCGCACUUCAUCGUUACCGUUUCAUAGAGAAUCGUUAUGACCGGGAUCCAAAAUAA